GUAAUUUUCCAAUAAAUUAACAUUAUUGUAGUGUCUUUCAAUCGGGUAUAUUCAUCAUGGCGUAUUUAAAAUAUUUGUUAUUAUUUUUAAAUGUGGCGCUACUACAUGCUUCACCACUGCACCUCAACGAAGAUGACUUGUUGCAAUUUGAUCAAAAAGAAAAUGAAGUUUCCGAAGUUCAGGAUAUAUAUCGAUUAUCCGAUGAAGUGAUUCCGAAGUCGUACCAGUUGAACAUGGAACCAGAUUUAGAAAAAUUCACCUUCAGUGGUAAAGUAGAAAUUGAAAUCUCUGUACGAUUUUCAACAGGCAAGGUUAUUCUGCACAGUAAAAACUUGAAAAUAAAUAGCUGUAAACUAUUAAGCACGCGAAAGUCACUACCAAAUAAAUUCAAACUUGACGAAGCUAAUGAAAUUUUGAUCAUUGAAACUGAGGAAACAUUACUGUACGGUACGGGUUACACGUUGAUAAUUGAAUUUGAAGGCGUUUUAAACGAUGAUAUGAAAGGAUUUUACCGAAGUUCUUAUACCAUGGACAAUAAAAAAUAUUGGUUAGCAGUAACGCAGUUCGAGACAUCAUCUGCCAGAGAGGCGUUCCCUUGUUUCGAUGAACCACGAUUCAGGACUCCAUUCCAAAUUUCUGUCUCUCACUUCAGCAAUCAGAAUGCAAUCAGCAAUAUGCCACAAGAAUCGCGAUCGUAUACCAGAGAUCCUUCAGGUAGAUACCGUAUCUGGACCGGAUUUAAACGCACUCCACCGAUGGCAACCUAUCUAGUAGCUUUCAUGGUAUCAGAGUUUACCUAUGUCACCGACGAUGACGAUAAAAUCAAAGUAUAUGUGAGACCUAACGCCAAAAAGCAAGCAUCUUAUGCAUUGCAACAAAGUACGAAGUCACUAAAACAAAUGGAAGGUUACAUUGGUAUACCACACAAGUUACCAAAGCUGGAUGUGGUGGGAGUGCCCGAUUUCGAAGCGGGAGCGAUGGAAAAUUGGGGAAUGACAACGUAUAGAGAAAGAUUUGUCAUUAUGGACGAACAAUUGCCGAGCAGCGCAAUACAAAAAAGUGCUGCCACUCAAGUGAUAAGUCACGAAUUCGCCCAUCAAUGGUUUGGAGAUCUUGUGACGCCAGCAUGGUGGGAUUAUCUAUGGCUUAAUGAAGGAUUUGCAAGAUACUUUGAAUACUUCACCACUGCAAGAAUUGAACCAACUUGGGAUAUGGAUAAAUUUUUCGUCAUAGGCCAAGUACAGCCGACUUUAUGGAAUGAAAUCGGUACUCAACGCGCAAUGACCACUUCCGUAUCAAAGAAGAACCAACUUGACGAUAUAUUCGAUGUAAUUAGUUAUUCUAAAGCUGCUUCAAUCAUCCGAAUGUUUGAACAUAUGGUUUCACCGAGUGUAUUCAAAUCUGCUCUCCAAAAAUAUUUGAAAAAUGGAGCUGAAAAAUAUGAUGGCACUGUUGUACCAGCACACCUUUUUGAAGCUUUUGAUGAACAAACAUCAUAUACCACGGUAGCACUGCCAGAGCACACUUCAAUCUCUGAUAUAAUGAAACCAUGGACUGAAAAUAUUGGAUAUCCAUUGGUUACAGUAUCUCGUUGUUACCACCACGGAAAAGUAUCCAUCACACAGACCACUUACAAAUCACCAAGAGCGCCUAAAACUUUACCAGAUCAGAAAUGGAUAAUACCUUUGACAUACACAACAAAAUCUGAGUUGAAAUUUUCCAACACCAAACCGAAUCAAUGGUCAUUUGCAGAAAAACCAACGCGUCUGCCAGAAACAUUCCCCAAUUCCGACUGGGUUUUAUUCAAUUUACAACACACAGGAUAUUACAGAGUGAACUAUGAUUUGAAAAACUGGCAACUUCUAACUGAUCAAUUGCUUCAACAGCCUGGAAAAAUUGUCUCUUUGAAUAGAGCUCAGCUGAUCGACGAUUCAUUUGCUUUAGCUUACGAAGAUAAACUUGACUACAAAGUUCCUCUGAAUCUGAUUCAAUAUUUGCCAAAAGAAAAGGACAUUUUCCCUUGGAUUACAGCAGCAACCUCUCUGAAUAUGUUGCUCACAAAGUAUGAGCCAACAUUGCUCAAUUCUCAACUAAAAAGUUACAUUCGAGGUAUUCUUGAAAAAUCAUUUGAUAAUGUUGGAUUCGAAGUAUUUGAAUCUGACAGUCACGCAAACAAAGUAGGAAAACCAAUAUUUCUGGAGCUGGCAUGCAGACUAGGCGUAAAAUCUUGCGUUGAUAAAGCUGCAGAAGCGUAUACUAAAAAUAAAAAUGAUCUAAAUGGUGUUAAGCCAGAUUUGAAAAAAGUAGUGUUCUGUUCUGCAUUACGAGACUCAGAAGACAAACAGAAUGCUUUUGAUAGCUUAUGGAAAUUGUACCUGAAACCCGAUAUUGUUAAUGACAAAAUGGCAAUUAUAGAAUCUCUUUCAUGUGUUAAGGAUGAAGAUAUUGUGAAGAAAGUACUGUCUAAAUUAAUCGAUUCGAAAAAUGAAGAAAUUCGGAAACAGGAUACAUUCUAUUUUUAUAGAGCACUUCUUUCUAAUUCUGAAACAUCUAGAACAACGGCCGGAAUUAAAUUUUUGCAAGAUAAAAUAUCGGCGAUACCGGAAAUGGAUAAACAUGGUAUUUCAGCCUUUGAAAAUAUUUUGAAGAAAAUCAAGAACAAUGUAAAAACUAAUGAACAACUGCAACUGUUGAAAGAUUUGGAGCAAAAAUCUAAAACAUUGGAUCAAACGAAAUUUGGAUACUUGACUACAAUAAUUCAGGGAGCACAAACCAAAGGAUCAAACAGCAUGCAAGAAAAUAUUAAAAAGGCAGAAAUUUUAAUCCCUAUCAUUACUCAAAUAUUAUCUCCCGGUACCAACGAUGAUAAGACUAGUCCAGCAUCACCAACGUCACCAUCACCUACCUCAGGCGCUGCGACUUUAGUUUCAUCUAUGUGGACACAUGUAAUAAUCGUCGGUAUUUUUCUUCGUUAUGGAAUACCUGCAUUUAAUUUUGAUCUAAUGUGAAAUUUUAUGUAAUAUUUUGAAAUAAUGUCUGUUUUUGAAUAAACAUUCAAUUGCUUGAUUCUUAUUUGA